CUAAAAGAGGGGAUGCUAAACACAGCCCUUUGAACAACUGGAGGGUAAUUGAUCCUCUGACGUUGAGAAGCCCACAGAACUCUUAAGGGUGCACAGGUAUAAAAAGAGAAGGUGCACCUCUCGCAGCAGGACAACUACCACGGUAGUUGGGGACAUCUGAACAAGUCUUGGUCCCAGUCCACUGGGACCCUGCACAGGUAAAGAACUAAGGAGGAAGGAACCCAGUCCAGUUCGUUGAAGCAACAAAAGCUAUCAAGAGAGCGAGAGAGAAAGAAGCUGUAUUUUUAACAGGGAAAGGAAAUCACGUAGAGAGCUGGAAAGAUCCCAUUUCCUCAGGGAACGGUCACUCCAGAAGGGUGAAGGAUGCUGCACAGGGCCAUCUUCCUCCUGUUCCUCCAUUUAGUCAUGUGCUCCAUCUCUUCUCCUCUCUAUCCAGCUCUCAGGUACAAUCCACUGCCCAUCUCUAGCAAGGCAGUGAGCUUUCAGCUACAGGAUGGCAGUCCUGUGCAGAGCAACAAUCUCUCUGUGGAGGAGCAGCAGCAAGAGGAGGAGGGUUUUCUAGCCAACCCCGCUGAAAAGAGGAUGCAGCGCCAUGCUGAUGCCAUAUUCACUGACCACUACCGAAAGGUCCUGGGGCAGAUCUCUGCCCGGAAGAUCUUACAAACCAUUAUAGGCAAACGGCUGGGCAGCGAACGCAGCCCAGGAGAAGGGGAGCAUGAAUUUUUGACCAGACGUCAGUCUGAGAGCAUCUUGAUGGACAGCCGCUACCACCAGCAGAUGGUAUUAAGGAAUUUCUUGGGAGCCAUAUUGCAUAAUCAAAGGCCUCAGGAUGUCAACAGUGAGCAUGUAGAGGACUUUACCAACACCCUGGCCAAGCUCAUGAAACUGUAAAUCUCUCUCCUUUCUCCCCACUGUGCUCUGGAGUCAUUCAGAGAUCAUGGACCCGGCUGUAGAGUAAACAACCCACAGCAGCAAAGAGAAGAUCCUGGACAUGAACAGCUGUAAUUCAUGCAUAUUCUUCUUGGAACCUAGAGACUUUUCCUAAAGGAAUAAGAUUGUUUUAAAAGUUAUUAUGCCCAGGUUAAUUUUAAUCAGUCCUUAAAUUAAUUUCUCCCUACUUCCCUUCAGGUGUACUUGACCAAACAGAUCUCUCACUGUUAUCUGCUACUGGUCUGUACCCUGGAUAGGGCUACUCAAUCCUGUGCACACCUCGCCCAGGGUAGAGAUUUGAUUAUCUACAAUCGCAACAUAAAAUUUUUGAAUCAAAUGCUAUAGAAAAAUCUGCUGAGUUACCGCUCUGUCUGAAAGUUUGUUCACUCAAUAAACAUGCAGGCUACUAAAAACUA